AUGGAAUCAGGCUCGUGCGAGGCAGCAGCAGGUGCUCCGUACAUUCAGCGGGCCAAAAAAGCGAGAGGAGGCCAUGCAGAAGGAAAAGCAGCUACGGAUAAACCAGCGGAGUCCAGAAUGAAGCGCCUGUUUGGCUUCGAGAAGGAGGAUCUGUCUUCAUGGCACCGGUUUGUGUGUCUUCUCAAUCGGCCAACAGAUCCUGCGUCUCUGGGCAUCUUCCGCUGCUUGUUUGGUAUGUUAAUGGCUGUGGACAUCACUCAGGAGCGUGGGCUCAGUCAUGUGGACUAUAAGUACCUGGAUGGAGCACCUGUCUGCCGCUUCCCUCUCUUCAACUUCCUGGAGCCUCUGCCAAUGGACUGGAUGUACUGUGUCUAUCUAGUGAUGUUUCUUGGUGCUGUUGGCAUCAUGCUGGGCUGUUUUUAUCGCCUCUCCUGCCUCAUGUUUAUAUCCACAUACUGGUACAUAUUUUUCUUGGACAAAACGGCCUGGAACAAUCACUCUUAUCUGUACGGCCUCAUUGGGUUCCAGCUCACACUGAUGGAUGCCAACAGAUACUGGUCUGUUGAUGGCCUCCGUAAUCCUAAGAAGAGGAAUGCACAUGUGCCGCUGUGGAAUUACACCCUUCUCAGAACACAGAUCUUCAUAGUGUACUUCAUUGCUGGGGUCAAGAAGCUGGAUGCUGACUGGGUGGAGGGGUACUCCAUGAAAUAUCUGGCUCAUCAUUGGCUGUUUGACCCUUUCAAAGUUAUCUUGCCUGUGGAGUUGGUCAGUCUGAUAGUGGUUCAUGGAGGAGGCCUAAUCCUGGACCUGACAGCUGGUUAUCUGCUGUUUUUUGAUGUCACCCGUCCUGUUGCCAUCUUCUUUGUCAGCUACUUUCACUGCAUGAACUCACAGCUCUUCAGUAUCGGGAUGUUUUCCUACACCAUGUUGGCCACUAGUCCACUGUUCUGCUAUGCCGAUUGGCCGAGGCGCUUUUUUGGAAGUUUCCCAGAGUUCCUCCAGCCCGUCCUACCCCUGGUGUCGCCCUCCCCUUGCCCCAGCUCCUCAUGCGUUUACCCUAGUCCGCCCAACAGCUCCUCCGAACAGCAAGACGCAUCUACGCAUCCCAAACCCUCCACGCCGCGCCUCAGACACAAGAUGGCUGCGAUAUUCACCAUCGUCUACAUCACAGAGCAGUUUUUCCUGCCAUACUCUCAUUUCAUCACACAGGGUUACAAUAACUGGACUAAUGGUCUCUAUGGCUACUCGUGGGAUAUGAUGGUCCAUUCUCGUUCACACCAGCAUGUUAAAAUCACCUACAAAGAUGGAGUGACGGGAGAGGUUGGGUACCUGAACCCGGGGGUGUUUACUCAGAGUCGACGAUGGAAGGACCAUGGAGACAUGCUGAAGCAGUACGCCACCUGCUUGAACUACAACCUCCCUCGCUUCAACAUCACUGACGCGCAGAUUUACUUUGACAUCUGGGUCUCUAUUAAUGACCGCUUCCAGCAGAGGAUAUUUGACCCUCGUGUUGAUAUUGUAAAAGCGGACUGGUCUCCGUUCCGGCCCAAUCCUUGGCUCAUGCCUCUGCUGGUGGAUCUGUCCCCGUGGAGGGCAAAGUUUGAAGAGAUUGAGGGGACUUUAGACAACCAGACUGAGGUGGUCUUCAUUGCUGACUUUCCAGGCCUGCAUCUGGAGAAUUAUGUGAGUGAGGACCUGGGGAACACCAGUGUUCAGGUACUGCAGGGUGAGGUGAAGGUGGAGAUAGUGGAGGAGAAGAUGAACUACACAUUGGCUCCAGGAGACAAGAUGCAGCUUCCUGCUGGAGCGUACCAUAAAGUUUACACAGUGUCUGAGGCAUCGUCCUGCUACAUGUAUAUCUACGUGAACACCACUGAGGCGGCGCUGCAGAAGAACUUCACCAUGCUGUUGGAGCUUCAGGAGAAAGUCCGAAAUGGGACAGAGACAGAGCCUCUGCCCCCAGAGCUGCAGCCUCUCAUAACUGGCCUCGAAGAUGAGGGUUCAGAGGUAAACAUCACCGACCCAGUGGUGCGUCUCUUCCUCAAGCGUCAGAAGCGUUUGGAGGAGAAGAAAAAGCGCCGAGAGGCGCCCAUCCACGAACGGUUCAAUAGAUUCGUUACGAAAAAAUACUACAUGAUCCGGCGGGGGUUUCUAAUGACCGCCAUCGCCAUGCGAAACCUGGCCUUUGGACUGCCUCCUUUGGAGCAGCUGAGGAGGGAGGUCGACUACGCAAACAUGAAGGCGCCCGAGGAAGACCCCAACCAGAACGAGCCGCUCAAAGACGAGACGGGUCACGUAGAGCUGUGAGAGAAAUUAGCUGUGGACAGUUAUUGAACCACCGUCUGCUGCCUGAUCCUACACUUAAAGCAAUAAAGGUGCCAAAGAGAUUCCUUUGGAGCGAUGCCAUAGAAGAACCACUUUCCAUUAUGAAGCAAUGUGGUUCUUCUAUGGUACCGGUCUGAAGAGCUCUGGCACGUUUAUUAACAGUGUACCCCUGCUGAAGCCAUUGACCCAAAGUACUUCACAAGCUCAAAACAUUUGAGAACACUUCACAUAAUAAUAGUGAAAAGAUUCCAUUUAAUAUCCAUGGCAAAACACGAACAUUCCCGUUUUGAUUAUAAAUAUGGCCUUACGACCGGUGUUCUGUUCCUAAAGUGUUCUGUUCCUAAAGUAAAGGUCUGUGUUACUGAAUUAAAAAAUUGCAUUUUAAUAGACUUCUGAGGAUGUGUAGUCAGUUUAAAGUUGCCCCCCGCCAAAACAUCACUGAACCCUCAGAAUUAUGAGGUACUUAAAGAGUGAGUUAAAAUCUGAAUAUUGAUAUGUGAGCUAACACCGCUGUGCUUUGAACUGACAUCAGAAACCUGCCAACCUCACAAAAUAUACGACUACAAUAUUAUUGCAAAACACGAGAGGGCGCCCACAAGCGAGUCCUCAAAUACUGGGGUAAAAGAAGCUCAUCAGUUACAGAAGAAAAUGUCAAUUUCUGACCAUUUAUGCUGGACCUUUUGUUUGGAAAGUAGCAGGAUGUUUUUUUUUUUUUUUUUUUUUUUAUAAAUAAGAGAUCAAAGAAACAGGUUUUUACUAGAAGGACACUAACGUUACUGAGUGUUUGUGGCCACUGGCCACAUGAACGUACAUGAGACACUGAUAAAAAGUCCUAUGACAAAAUUAGAUUGGUAGUAUUUUUUAUUUUAUUCUGCAGAAUUUCUGGUGAGGACAACUGCCAAUCAUCAAUGCAUUUGGAGCGCCUUCCAGAGCUAGUCCAAAAUAUAUGGGUUCCUAUGGAGCUUCUGUACUAUAUUACACUUAAUUUUUAUUUUUGCUACAGAAAAACACAUUUUCUCAACACAGAACAGCAUAAACUAUUUUAGUAUGGUUGAUCUAUUAUGAGUGCUUUUAAACUCCAGUUAUAGGACUUUCUAAGAGCAUCUUGGGCAUGGUUAUGACAUCAGUGAGCGCAACCAUUUCGUUCAGCCAAUGAGCUAAACACCUCACCAACCGAUCAGCACUCACUAGGAAUAAUGCUAACCAAUCAACACUAAGUAGCAGUAAUGCCAACCAGUUAGCACUUAGCAGUAAUGAAAAAAUGGAAAGAUACUGCAAAGUUUUCUUUGAUCUUUACUGGACUACAUCCUUCUGCUUGGCAGACUUCAACAAGUUCCUGCAUAAAUUGCAAGAAACGGGUUACAUUUUUAGUGAUUAGCAUUUCACCCUCCCCAUGGAUGCUCUCUAGUGUUUUGCAGUCAUGUUGCCUGUAGGAUGUAAAUAUGCAUAUUUGUAACUUAAUGACCUUAUAAAUCCAAAGAUCCAGUGACGUUCGGAUUAUACAUGGCAAACGUAUCGGCUUUGGGACUUUGUUGUUGGGGUCUGAUAGCACCAAUGUUACAUGUCAUUCAUUUUUCCUGUAGCCCCACAGUUCCUAACUUGGGCAUGACACAACCUCAGAGGUCUGUAGUUGUCACAUUAACUGUUACACACUAUGCAAAACUUGAAACGAGGUGAAAUGAAUUUUUCUUCCUGGACAGAUUCACAAGUCUUGGUCUAAACAUGCUGCUGCAUUAGUUGGAAAACACUUUUUUGGUUUUCUUUCUUCUCCAGUGCUACAUACUGCAUUUCAGUUUGAUUGCUGUGCUGAAUCAUAAAUAUUACAUAAUCAUAAGCUUCCACUUGUUGAGUAUGGAGUGAAUAUGAUUACUACAUUGACAAAAACAGUUUACUACUUUAUGGCAAUUUUUUAUUAAAGUAUGACGAACACUG